AUGUCGACUUGGGGCAGGGCAGCCCCGCUCUCCGGGGGACGACGAGAGCCUGCAGCUGUCCGCCCGGGCUGCCACCGGAGAGGUCGUGCAAUUAUUCUUCAUAUACGCUUCUAUUGGAAAUGUCCCGACUUUAAUAACAACGCAAGAAGCCUGAUUAGAAUCCUAAGUACGAAGCUGUAGGCUAUAUAAGGAAAAGUGUGUCUGGAGAAAGUGACUUUGAAACAGAAGAUUAUGGGCGACAAUAUAGCGGAACCGGAGGCUGUGGAGGAGACCAACAGCUCGGAGAAGAUUGACCUGUCACUCGACGACAUUAUUAAACUCAAAAAAGAAGAAGAAUAUGUGACUCUUGGUGGCUUUAAGAGGAAGAACCGGCAGGCGAACCGCAGCAACUUAUUUAAGAAGUUUAAUAAGGCAGGACAGCAGCAAGGCUUCCGUUUCAGAAGGGGCGCCUACCACAUGCAAGGGCUCAACAGGUUUCGAUACACUGGGCCACCCGUGCGCGACUUCUACAGAAGCAGGCCGUACAACCGGGGGAGGACCGCGCCUGCUCCGAAAGGAAUCAGCCCUCUGAACAGACCGCAGUGGGACGCCAAGAAUGCAAAGCAGUUUGGACAACGCAGCAACCGCUUCAGGGGCUCUUUCUACCAGCCCUACAGAGGCCAGCGGGGACCUCCGAGAAGGAUGCCUCUCAACCAGAAUUUCCAGUAUUCCCAGCAGAGACCAUACAGGGCAAAGCCGGUUAAACUGAACAGAGCGUUUAAUCUCUGGAAAUGGGGCGAAAAACCGGAGCGAUUUCAGAAAGUGAGAAGGUGGGGGAAGGCGCCCUCUUCUGGAUCCAUCUUGACAGUAUCACUUCCGAACUCGAAGGCGAACUCAGAUCCGCAGGCAAACCAGCCUUCUGUGAGUGACAGGCCUCUGGGGGAAGGAAACUUUGCAUCUCCCCAGCCCAAAGGCAUCCCUUUGAGAUUCAACUUCAAGGCUGUAUCCAACCAGACCCGUCUGACGCUCAACGACCGCUUCACCAACCUGAAGAUCCGCGGAGGCUGGGGACAGAGGCUGUGGAGGGGCAGGGGCCGAGGCAGCCGAAUGGUCACCCUGCAAUAAACGGCCUUCGGUGACUUGACCCUUCCCUGGGGGGGAGGGGCCUAACUACGUACCUCACCACUCUGAUUGGCUGAUUAAAUGAUAGCAGCUUUUAAAA